AUGGAUGCUCCGCCGCAGAUAUUUGAAUUAAAUAUUUCAGGCAAGUUGUUCGAGGUAGCCGGGGACAUUUUGGCCCGGUUUCCAAAUUCACGACUCGGAAAAGUGGCUGUGGAAUCUCCAUUGUCACCAAAUCAAGGAACAGGGACAAAGAAGACAUUAUUCUUCAGCCGCCCCAGCACACCUUUUGAUGAUAUUCUAGCUUACUACCAAACAGGCGAACUUCAUAUGCCUUCGAACGUCUGUCCCAAGGCAUACAAAAGGGAGUUGGAGUUUUGGGGCUUAGACCCGGAUGAUAUGCAGCAUUGUUGUCGAUUCAAGUACUUAGCGUUCUUUGACGACUUUGAGACAAUCUCAGCUUUCCAUGCCUGCAUUGACGAAACCAGUUAUGUACCGCCAAGGAACAACGUGAUGUCCCCCAUAGGGAAAUGUCGGGCUCGAAUCUGGUCUAUUAUAGAGCAUGAGGAAGCCACUGCCAUUUCUAAGGUUGUGAUGGCGUUUUUAGUCGUCUGUGUUGUCGUGUCCAUCUUCAAUUUGUCCCUUGGAACUGUUGAUUCCUUUAAAGAGCGUAUCAGCCUAAGCUCCCUCCGGAGUCACCUGGCCGACCUAGUCAGUCAGGAAGGCGAAGAUUACAGUGAUAUCAUCGACGUGCUGGGUGCGACCGACUGUGGUGACAAUUUGGCCUGCGUUGUACAAGAAUUUCAGGGUUACAUCGAUGAGGCCGAUGAAACAAACAGUUCACACAUUGAAAGCUACGAUUAUACGUUUGAUCUAGAUAGUUUGAAGAAAACUAUAGACAAAUUUAAAAGUCUCACUCAUCAUAAAGAACGACAUUUUUCGAUGGUAGUUAUUGACUGGGUCCUGUUGGCCAUUUUCUCUGUUGAAUUAUUUUUGCGCCUCAGUACCUGCCCAAGUCUCAAGCGGUACUUCCUGAGUCAGCUCAAUGAUAUUGAUAUCCUCAUUCUUGUCACUGCAGUUACUGAAAUCAUUAUAGAAGGUUGGUUCGCUAAAUACCGCUAUUCUGACAAAGGUAUCCGAAUUCUGUACUACCUACAGAUGUUGCGCGUGCUGAGAAUCCUGAGAUAUGUCAACAAGGUUCCGUCCAUCCAAGUCCUCGGUUAUACGAUGAGGACUAACUUCAAGGAUCUUGUUGUUUUACUUCUCUACGUCCUUGUCGGAGUAGUCAUCUUUUCAAAUUUUGCCUACUUUGUCGAGGAUAGUAAAACGUUUGCGGACAUGCCCGAGUCUUGGUGGUGGGGUGUGAUCACCAUGACAACCGUUGGUUACGGAGAUGUCGUUCCAAAAACUGUUCUCGGGAGGAUUGUGGGAUGCAUUUGCGCAGUAUCCGGGGUUCUGUCGCUAUCACUAACAAUCCCUGUAUUUGUAAACACUUUCAUUUCACUCUAUCAGUUCUCACAUAUUCAUGAAAGGUAUCUGAAAACAAAGCAGAAUCAGGUUUCUCCGUCUCCCAUCACUGUCAAACCUACUGGCUCAACCCAACCAGAUAUGCAUCCAGAUUCCAUAUAA